CAUGCAUGUGGGUACGAUUAAAUCCCGUGUUGGUCUCUGUAAUAUUGUAUAAUUAUCAUUGUUCCAACUGCUCAUUAAAAAUCUGAACAGCUGAAGCGACAAAUGUGUUGCUAUACUGCUAUAUAGUCCUUAUCCUCCGCUGUAAAAGAUGAUAACUCCCUGCACUAGUUCUAUUACAUUUUUCAUACAAAGGGCGAGUUUCAUCUGACCGAAUCAUUUCAGCCUUGUACAGCAUCAGAGAUUUAUACAGGUUGUCAGUCAAUGAUUGAUAAGAACCAAUUAUUGUGCUCGCUUGCUUAAAUUAGACAACAGCCAAAGCAGCAUUGCCAUGGAAACAGUCUAGUAACAAUCCCUGACUUUGUUUGCUUUGUGCAUUCAACUGAGUAGGGUAAGCCUCUUUCAUUUUGUGUUCGUUAUCAACUGUCAGUUGCUGCUGGAAAUUUCCAUGCGAAACACGUUGUGGUCCUACAUAUCAGAAUUUGAUUGAAAUUGCUGGUAGAAAAGCUGGGCAAUACUGAGGCAACAAUACAAAACUACAUAUCCUUUAUACAACUGAAAAUUCCUAAUUAUCAGAAACAGCAUGGAUGUGUUGAGUAUACUGCUUCUCAUUGCUGGAUUUGAGGCCAGUGUGGCGACUGUUUGCCCCGUUGGCUGGCACCGAUAUGGAAAGGCUUGCUAUUUUGUGACCAAGGAACUAAAUAGUUGGCACAAAGCAAAAAGCACCUGUGCUGCUUCUCAUGCAAGCCUUGCAGUUCCCAACUCAAUGGAAGAACAGACAUUUAUAUGGGAAUUACUCCAGCGGGAGUUUUAUCCUGAUGGUCUAGGUAAUGGUGCCUGGAUCGGCUGCAAUGACAUCGACCGGGAAGGUGUUUGGCAGAAUUGUCCUCUGAGAGGUGAUGAGACCAACGCGUACCAGAACUGGGGGGAAGGAAAUCCUAGCAACCAGUACAGCGGAGCUGAUUGCGUAUUGAUGGGUGGCAGGGCAGGUGGUGUAUGGUGGAAUCAGUACUGUAUUAAUCCCAGAUAUGCAACAUGUGAGCUUGCUAUCUUCGACUACAACCCUCUAUUCUGCCUUCAGAUCGGCUCCGAUGGUCACAUCACCUCCCCGUGCCUCACUGAUAAUCACAUCUUGAUGGAGUUACAGGCUCAGGGUCUGGUGUCUUGUGGCAAGGCCUGCCUCUCUCAUCCCAAAUGUAGCUCCUUCAAUCUGAAGGACCAAGGCCAGGGUAAGAUGGUGUGCCAGCUGAAUGACCUCGCCCUUCAAAAUGCAGCUGCUGAAGAUGUGGUGGAAAUUGAGAACUGCUACGGCCUGGAUCUGUAGAAAUUGCUUACAUGAUGCAAACUGAUACCAAACAAUCCCCUUCAGAAUGCUCUUAUGAACAGGUAGUUGGGGCUGACAUUUUCAAGGCAAGCACAAAGGGCAGCGGUGCCUUACAUUUUCAUGGCUGAGAGUUAAUUACUAUUUUAUGAGAGACUUUCUGUGAACUGCUAAUAUAAGAUUUUGGAAGGAUUUUCAAUAUCAGGGAAAGCCACCAUAGUGUGUAAGUACGAUAUAUAUUUAUCAGUGUUAGUUGUAAUUGGCAUAAAAAUGGCAAUGGCAAUUUUUGCUUUGUAAUUUAAAUUGUUUGUGGUAGAUACCGGUAUUUAGGAAAUAUUGUGUGGUAAAAAGAAGCAAAUAUCCUCACUGUUUUUGGUUCAUUCAAACAGAUGGCAUAAAAGGGCACAUUAAUGCAAAGUUUCGUUCUGGGGUCACUAUGAGCACAACACAAUGAAAAAACAUUUUGCAUUUUUUAAUUGUAACUUUUUAAAAU